CGCAACAUAUUCGGAUUAUCUGAUGCAUUACAAUUAGCCAUAUCAAAUCCAACUUUACAGGUCGCGCGAGUGGCAGUGGCGUUAUGACAACGCAUGGCACGCGACGCAACAAUCAGAACACUCCCAUUAUAAUCCACGACAUCGUCGCGCGUUUGUACGUCGUUCAUUAUAUUGGGAACGCUGUCGUAUUGUCGCUUCGAGCGGAUCGCUUGCCGUGUAAAUGGGGCGUUACAGCUCGUUGGCUCAUGUGUGGUUAGCAUUAGCCUGUUAGCUCACACCACAAGCGUUUUAACGAUAACUCUUGGAGUUACAAUAAACCCCGCGAUGUCUAAUCGUCUGUUUUAAACUGUUAUUGCUUUCUUGCGAUCCAUUAAGAGGGAUUGUGUUGUUUUUAGAAUGGUUUAGAGAGGACACGCAUGCUAGCUAGCUGUUAAUAAAGCUGUUAGGUGUAAGUGUUGGCGGAAACGUUCUCUGAAUAGGGCUAAUCACAGACAAUAGUCAAAUGAAAGCGUUUUAUCAUGUAACCAUCGUGCAGUGGUUUGGUGUAUCUUUCCUGCAAUGAAGUAUUGUAUUGUCAAAUGUGACAGGAAUGCCACUCUACAACAAUUCAAAUGUCAAGACCGAAAGCGUUGACGUUUGACACAUUGAGGUGUAAUGAUCAGAUGAUGAAUUGAACAAGUCACACAGGAAGUAGUUGAUCUAAAAUGGGAGACGAUCGACCUUUUGUCUGCACUGCCCCGGGCUGCGGACAGAGGUUUACCAAUGAGGAUCAUUUGGCAGUGCAUAAACAUAAGCAUGAGAUGACACUGAAGUUCGGACAAACCAGAACAGAUACGGUUAUCAUAGCAGAUCAGACGCCCACUCCAACCCGUUUUCUUAAGAAUUGCGAGGAAGUGGGCUUAUUUAGUGAGCUGGCUGGUUCCUUUCAACAAGAUCUUUGCAAAACGCACGAUGACGAGGAGAGGAGGAUUAAAACCACGCAUCCAACUCUUCAGACGCCUACAGAGAAUAAGGACAGAGGAGCACCUCUUGAGAUCGACUCCUCUCCCCCUGACAGUCCUGAAUCCGCCUCCAGCAUGACAAACAGCAAAGACGCUGUUGCCAUGGCCAAGGAACCUGUUGCCAUGAGGAAGGGCGUGGAUGUUCCUCCAAGGACUGCAGCUAGUUCCACCCCUACACCAACCAUAGUGCGCCCAGGCUCGCUUCCACUUCACCAGGGAUUCGAUUCCAUGAAUCCAACCCAACCCUCCCCCACAUCGGUUAUCACUAGGACCCCUCCUUCAAACAGACUUGGCUCCCCGUCUGGCUCUUUUCCCAUGCUGAUGCAGCUUCCAAAUGGUCAGACUGUUCCCCUCCUGCCUAGUCCAGGGCAGACUUCAGUCAUAUCGCAUGCCAGAUCAAACGCAGUGCCCAAUAUCCCAGGGAUUCCAGGGCCUCCUAUUGGUGGAAGCAGCAGUGGCUCCUCCUCUCCGUCUGGAUACAGUACACAUUCUGAUGCCAAGACGAGGCUAAAAGCAGCAUUAUCUCAACAGAGUCCUAGUGGAUUAGGACCAAUACAAAAAACAGAACACAACGAGGCACCAUCACCCGCUCAACAGUUCUUCAGUGGAUCUGACAGUCCGUGCCAUGACCUGCAGGUAUCCCCUGCUCCACCAAAAGGUGGACGCAGACGUCGAGGGGCAGACAUAGAGCCGGAUGAACGCAGACGACGUUUUCUUGAACGGAAUCGAGCUGCUGCCUCUCGUUGUCGGCAGAAACGAAAAGUGUGGGUCAGUGCGCUAGAGAAACGCGCUGAGGAGUUGGCAACGUCUAACAGCACGCUUACCGUAAGAGCAACGAAUGAAGUGUCCUUGUUAAGGAACGAGGUUACUCGACUAAAAGAACUGCUGUUGGCCCAUAAGGACUGUCCUGUUACUGCCAUGCAGAAGAAAGCUUAUCUUGCUGCAGGAGUGGAUGAAAAUGCAGCAUCGGCGCUCGUGAUGCCCGUUUCGGUACCGGCUCCGGUGUCCGUCAACGGUCUGAGCAUGCGUGCGGCCGAGGCCGUUGCGGUUUUAGCGGGAAUGGGUUCUGGCCAAUGGAGCAACGCCGCCGGAGACGCUUCCUCCCAAUCACAGCCCACGUCCAGAUGAUGAGCACGUCAUUUAGCCAAUAGGAACUUAAUAUACUGUGUCAAUGAUUCCUUCAAAGGAGUGAAUUUCCCCUUCAAAACUUGCAGUGAAUUUGUGAAUGCCUCUCAUGUGACAAAUGGGAACCAACGUUGCCACGCUCUUACUACACCCCCCUGCUCACCCACAGCCUACCAUAGACUUUCCCUGGGCCCUUUAGAUCUCCGACGGCACAACACUAGGAGGAAAUGAAGUCUCUUUAAAUACACAUUUAGAUAUACUUGUAUAGAUCCUCUCACUAAUGCAUUCAGUUGAUAUUUUGCAAAUAUUUUUCAUUUUGCAUCUUACUCGAUUGUUUUUCUAAAACAAUGAUUCAUUGCAUGAUUCUGGCCACAUAAGAAAAAUUACUACACUAUGCAGAUACGUUUUAUUUUUCACACUCUCUGGCUAUCGUGAUCUCACACACAUUCUCUCUCUCCGGUCCCUCUCUGUCUUUGUAUAUUUUAUUGUUGUAAAGUAAUUUCUCUCAGGUCCGUGCUUCUGUGGCUGUUCCAGUGAAUUUUUUCUCACUUUAGCGUAACCUGGCUGGCACCACACAAUGGACUUGCGAACGCUUAUGAAUGGAGAGAAAAUAAGAGCAAUAUAUUUUUAUAUUUAAAUAUCGUUAUCGGUUUGUCUGCAUUUUGCAGUCUAUAUAAUAUGGAUGUAUCGGGUAGUGUAACCACGUGGAUGUGUUAUAGGUCAGUAUGAUUAUGAUAUGCUUUGCUGAGUUCUAGUUGUAUCGAACCAAAAUACAUAAAUCCUUUUACAUUAGAGGUUAGACCCCAAAGUUGAAUUGUAUCUGGUCUCGUAGCAGGGAACGCGCACACGAACACUCUCACGCGUAAUUACUCUCGUGCUUGCAUUUUGUGAAUGUACAGUAGUUAACUAACCCGGCUAUGAAUGUGAAGCGUUGUACAAAUAAAAUAUAUUUCUUUUGUCAGGUCUGAAAACAUCAGGUUUGGAAUCCCUGAGUGAAUUUCAUCUCAUGCACAUACCUGACAUAAUAUUUAUUAAAUUGUAUGUUAUUAAACAGCGGUCCUGUUUUGUUGCUAAGAACACCUGAUCAAAUAGUAAACCCUACCCGUUUUAUACCGAACUCAUCAAAUUGACUGUUUUUCUUAACUUUUAUAUUUGAUUUUGAACGCAUUUUAUUCCUCUUAUGUGUUUUGAUGAAAUGGUCUGUUUGAUUUGAUUUGUUUAUAAAGCCUAUCAUAUCAGUAUCUGUCAUUAACCUGCCCUGCUUCUGAAUUUAUCAUAUUUGGAUGUAGACGUACUGCUUUAUAGAGUGUGUGUAUAACUCACUGAUCCUGUACUGUCAGUCAAGCCCUUAAACUAAAGCUGUAAAUAUAAAAUGAGUGUCAGCAUACAACAAUUGCUUAUUGUAUGAUUUACUGAAAUGGUCCUUAAGAUAUAAUUAAACAUUGAUGGAACUCUA